UUUUUUGCCUCCUACUUCUGUCUUGAAGACAGACAAUCGACUUGCAGCUCUCCCUCCCCUCCCUCUCUCUCCACGUUCUGCUCCCACUCUCUCUCCCCUGGCCCCUUCCCCUCCCCUCCGGGCGGAAAGCCCCCCGAAAGCAACAAAGCUGAGCCGAGGGAAACAAACAAAACAAACACACCGGGCCAGACAAGCAAUCGACAAAACUUUGCAAAAGCAGAAACAAAAAAGGAAAAACUAAUCAACCUCAACCAACCAGCCCCCGAGCCACCCGGGGCGCCCUCCCGCGCCCUCUCGCACCCUCGCACACACAAAAGGCGGCGCGCAGGAGCCCGAGACCCGGGAGCCGCCGCCGCCCGCAGCCAGGGGAGCAGGAAGUCCGGACGCGGCCCCCAUAGAUAUGGCAAUGGUAGUCAGCACGUGGCGCGACCCCCAGGACGAGGUGCCCGGCUCGCAGGGCAGCCAGGCCUCGCAGGCGCCGCCUGUGCCCGGCCCGCCGCCCGGCGCCCCGCACACGCCACAGACGCCGGGCCAAGGGGGCCCGGCCAGCACGCCGGCCCAGACGGCGGCCGGUGGCCAGGGCGGCCCCGGCGGCCCGGGCGGCGACAAGCAGCAGCAGCAGCAGCACAUCGAGUGCGUGGUGUGCGGGGACAAGUCGAGCGGCAAGCACUACGGCCAGUUCACGUGCGAGGGCUGCAAGAGCUUCUUCAAGCGCAGCGUGCGGAGGAACCUGAGCUACACGUGCCGCGCCAACCGGAACUGUCCCAUCGACCAGCACCACCGCAACCAGUGUCAGUACUGCCGCCUCAAAAAGUGCCUCAAAGUGGGCAUGAGACGGGAAGCGGUGCAGAGGGGCAGGAUGCCGCCCACCCAGCCAACCCACGGGCAGUUUGCGCUGACCAACGGGGACCCUCUCAACUGCCACUCGUACCUGUCCGGAUAUAUUUCGCUGCUGCUGCGCGCCGAGCCCUAUCCCACGUCGCGCUUCGGCAGCCAGUGCAUGCAGCCCAACAACAUCAUGGGUAUCGAGAACAUUUGCGAACUGGCCGCGCGGAUGCUCUUCAGCGCCGUCGAGUGGGCCCGGAACAUCCCCUUCUUCCCUGACCUGCAGAUCACCGACCAGGUGGCCCUGCUUCGCCUCACCUGGAGCGAGCUGUUCGUGCUGAAUGCAGCACAGUGCUCCAUGCCCCUCCACGUCGCCCCGCUCCUGGCCGCCGCCGGCCUACACGCCUCACCCAUGUCCGCCGACCGAGUGGUCGCCUUUAUGGACCACAUACGGAUCUUCCAAGAGCAAGUGGAGAAGCUCAAAGCGCUGCACGUUGACUCCGCCGAGUACAGCUGUCUCAAGGCCAUAGUCCUGUUCACCUCAGAUGCCUGUGGUCUCUCUGAUGUAGCCCAUGUGGAAAGCUUGCAGGAAAAGUCCCAGUGUGCUUUGGAAGAAUAUGUUAGGAGCCAGUACCCCAACCAACCAACGCGAUUCGGAAAGCUUUUGCUUCGCCUCCCUUCCCUCCGCACGGUCUCCUCCUCAGUCAUAGAGCAAUUGUUUUUCGUCCGUUUGGUAGGUAAAACCCCCAUCGAAACCCUCAUCCGGGAUAUGUUACUGUCCGGCAGCAGUUUUAACUGGCCGUAUAUGGCAAUUCAAUAAAUAAUAAAUCAAAAUAAGAAGGGGGAGUGAAACAGAGAGAAAGAAAAGGCAAAAGACUGGUUUGUUUGCUUAAAUUCCUUCUGUUAAGAAAGGAUAUAAAAGGAUGUUACAAGUUUGCUAAAAGAAGAGAGGGGAAGAAUUUAAUGGACUGUGAAUUUCAAAAAAAAAAAAAGACUGUCAAAUGAACUUUUACAGAAUGCAUUAAAAAAAAAAAAAACUCCUGUGUCGGUCAGAACAACUUGCUACUUAUCAUUUUUGUAUAAAAAGGAAAUUAGUCUUUUUCUUUUUUUGGUAAAAUUUUGAAAAAUAUUGCUAAAAGUGCAUUUAAGGAGAUUGGGAGAAAAUUAGCAGAAUGGAGAAAGUAAGUCUUUUUUUUUUUUUCCAAAUUAUUAAUUGUCCUGUGUCUAUGUACCUCUAGCUGUUGUUCUUUUUUGUACUUUUCUGGUUCCAAACCAGUUUAUUCUGUGGUUCUAUAAUAAGUUUUGAUAUAAUCUUGGCUUCUUAAAAACUGUGUAUCCUUAAAAUAUAUGUUCUGCAAGAAUUAAAACUGAGUCCAUGAAAAUAUCAUAGGAAGACAUAAAACUUUAAAAGGCAACUCAAAGAUGGUGGAAACGCACUUACAAGUGGUGACCAAAAAUUUUAGGUGAAGUUGAGCACUCUUAAUUUGAAACUGGAGGAACCACAUACAACACUUAACUUCCCCAACCCUGCCCUCCCCCCAAAAAAGACACCAUGACAAACCUAGCUUUUUAAAAAUAUUUUAAGAAAGAGAAUGAACUGUGGAAUUUAUUGGCAGCCAAGGAGUGUGUCCAAGACACAUGCUGAGGUUUUGAAUAAAAAGUGAACUUUUGUAAUUUGAAUUGGGUCCCGCUUAGUUCUUGAAUUGUUACGAAAAUCCUAUAUCUGUUUGUAUAUUUGCAAACCCUUUGUAUUAUAAUUGUUGAUAUUUUCCCUUUUUAAAAAAUACCAUUGAAAUCAGCAUGACAAAAUAACACUGUUGGCACUUAUAGGUAACGUGAUUGAUUCAGUAUCUUAGAGUUUACAGUUUGUGUUUUUAAAAAAACUGAAGGUUUUUUUUUAAGUGCAACAUUUCUGUAUACUGUAAAAGUUAUAAUAACUGAACUGUUUGGUCGAGUCUUUGUGUGUUAUAUUCCAAGGAA